UACGCUUCUUCCACCUGGUGCUUGGAUGAACUUUCAAAGAUUCUUGAAUGCAUGGAAGACACUAAGAGAAUUCUGCCAAUCUUUUAUGACGUGGAUCCUUCCCAUGUACGACACCAAAGAGGGAGUUUUGCGGAAGCCUUAACUAAGCAUGAAAAAAGGUUUAGUGGAGAUGUAGAGAGGGUAAAUUGGUGGAGAGCUGCUUUAAGAAAAGCAGCUAAUCUCUUCGGGUGGGAUUCAAAACAUGAAGAGUUUAGUGGAGAUGUAGAGAAGGUGAAUCGGUGGAGAGCUGCUUUAAGAAAAGUUGCCAAUCUCUCUGGCUUAGAUUCAAAGAAUUAUAAGUGUGAAAGAGAGCUUAUCAAAGUCAUUGUCAAACGUGUGUGGGCCAAAGUGAAUCCUACUACAUUUAGGAGGUUAGAUUCUCAAGAGAAGUUAGUCAGAAUUGAUUUUUCCCUUGAGCAACUACGUUUGCAAUUGGAUCUCGAGGCAAAUGAUGUUCGCUUUGUAGGGAUAUUGGGGAUGGGCGGGGUAGGGAAAACAACCCUUGCUAACCUAGUUUUUGAAAGAAUUUCCCAUAAUUUUGAACUUAGCUCUUUUCUAUCAAAUGUGAGAGAGGUUUCUGCAAAACAUGGUAGUCUUGUUGAUCUACAAAGACAACUUCUUUCCCCAAUCUUAAAGGAAAAUAUUAUCCAAGUUACAGAUGAACGGUCAGGAAUCUUUUUCACUAAAAAAUGUUUAUGCAAUAAAAAGGUUCUUAUCAUCCUUGAUGAUGUGGAUCAAUUAAAACAACUUGAAACACUGGUUGGAGAGAAAAAUUGGUUUGGUUUGGGGAGUAGAAUUGUCAUCACUACUAGAAAUGAACGUCUACUAGUUGAACAUGGUAUAACGAUACCAUAUGAGGUCAAGGCAUUACAUGAUGAUGAAGCUCUUGAGCUAUUCAGUCAAAACGCCUUUAGGAAAAGUCAGCCUGAGGAAGGUUUCCUGGAAUUGUCUAAGUGUUUCCUACAUUAUGCGAAAGGCCUUCCAUUAGCUCUUAAAACUUUGGGGAGUUCUUUGUAUAUGAGAGAUCAAGAUACAUGGAAUAGUGUGUUGUAUAAUCUAAAGAAAAUUCCUGAUCCAGAAAUUUUUGAUUCACUCAAAGUAAGUUAUUAUGGACUAAAAGAGAUGGAGAAGAAAUUUUUUCUCCAUGUUGCAUGUUUCCAUAAGGGGAAGCAUAGAGAGCAAGUAAUUGAAAUACUAGACAGUAACUAUGACAUUUCCAGUCGUAUUGUGAUAGCUAUUCUUAUUGAGAAAUCUCUCAUAACUAUUGUGAAAAAGCGCUCUCCUAGAAACACUGUUCAGAUGCAUGAUUUGAUACAAGAAAUGGCAUGGCAAAUUGUUCGUCAAGAGUCUCUCCAAGAGCCCGGUCAACGCAGUCUUUUGUGGCUCCGCGACGACAUUUCUUUUGUAUUCAUGAACAAUACGGGAACGGGAGCAAUUGAAGCCAUUGUCUUACAUUUUCCUGUAUCAGAAGUGGUGCAUUGGAAUUGUACUGAAGCCUUGUCUGAGAUGUAUGGAUUAAGGCUUCUUGAAUUUGAUAAUGUGAUCAUUUCUUUAGCCCCCAGAGUUCUUCCAAAUUCAUUGAGAAUUAUUCGUUGGAGUUGGUACCCUUCCAAAUCACUCCCAUCAAGUUUUGAACCAUGUUUCCUUGUCGAACUAAAGAUGCAUCAUAGCAAGCUUUUCCGGCUUUGGGAUGGAGCAAAGGACUUGCCAAAGUUGAAAUGUAUGGACCUUAGUUACUCUGAUCAAUUGACAAGUACCCCCGAUUUCACAGGCAUUCCAAAUCUUGAGAUUUUGCUUCUACAACAUUGUACGAAUUUAGUUGAGGUUCACUCGUCUUUUGCAGUUCUCAAAAGGUUGAAAGUUUUGGACCUUAGUUACUGCAACGGUAUUAAUAGUCUCCCAAGUGAGGUGGAAAUGGAUUCUCUUAUAAACUUUAAUCUCUCUGACUGCUCAAAAGUGAAAAAGAUUCCAGAAUUUGUGGGACAGAUGAAUAAUUUGUCCCAUCUUUAUUUACGUGGGACUGCUAUUGAGGAAAUACCUUCAUCAAUUGAACGUCUGGUUGGCCUUACUACACUGGAUAUAAGUAAUUGCAAAAGUCUCUUGGGUCUCCCGAGUGCGAUAUGCAAUUUGAAGUGUCUUGCAGAGCUCCAUUUGGAGGGAUGUUCGGAAAUUGACAAAAUGCCAGGGGAGAUGGAGAGUUUAGGGCUUCUUUAUUUAAAAAGAACUGCUAUGAGAGAGCCGCUUGUUGUUAUGAAAAAUCUUGUUUGUCUAUCCUUUCAUGGAUCAGUUGCUAAAUCAUCAACUUCAAAGGAUGGCUUAUUUAGAAAGAGUCACCCUGACCCUGACCCUUGGGGUUUGGUGUUGUCUUCUCUGAAUCGUUUAUGCUCUUUGUCAACCUUAGAUCUGAGUGAUUGUAAUAUUGGUGAAGGAGCCAUCCCUGAUGAUAUUGGCUGCUUGUCCUCUUUAAGAGAGUUGAAUCUUAGUGGAAACAAUUUCGUUAGCCUUCCCUCAAGCAUUAGAUUCCUUUCUAAGCUUGAGUUGCUUGAAUUGGUGGGGUGCGAAAGGCUUGAGCAAUUGCCAGAUCUUCCGCCAAAGAAAUUCUCAUUAUUUGUAAAUGUAGACAAUUGUAUUUCCUUAAAAAGGUUGUCAGAUCCAUCAAGGUUGAGCGGAGGAGCCAAUGUGUAUGAUUUUGAUUUCAGUUGUCUUAAUUGCUUCAAAUUGGUUGAAGAUGAAGGCUGGAUUCAUAGAAUAUUUUUUAUGAUAAUGAAAGCGUCCACUAAGAAGAUCUUUUCAACAUAUACCUCUAUUAUAUGUCCUGGAAGUGAAAUUCCAGAGUGGUUCAGUAAUCGAAGUGGGGGAGAUUCAAUAACUGUGGAGCUGCCUCCCCAAUCAUCAUGUAACAGCAACAGGCUUGGGAUUGCUGUAUGUGUUGUUUUUGAAGAUUCUGAAUAUUUGGAUAAUCCCGCUGCCCUUCUUGGAUAUGAUCAUUUUGACAUUCGAUCAUCUUUGGAUACUCAACACUUUAAAUUUGGGUAUCUUAAGUCACAACACCUUUGGGUUUUUUAUUAUCAUCCCCGCCUCAGGGAUGCCUCAAGCAGUCAUCGGUUUUCGUUCGAAUCGGAUUAUUAUUCAACGGGAUCUUCGAACAGACUCAAAACAAGCUCGAAUAUAAAAGAAUGUGGGGCCCGUGUGGUGCACGCGAGAGAUUUGGAAGAAUUCAGCCGAAUACUCAAAAUCCCCAAGCCAGCAGCACUACAUGCAUACCAUGACGAGGCAGGCCCAGUUGGUACUAGUGGAAGUGGUAGCUCUCAUGACGUCGAUGUACCAAACGGCAAAAGAUUCAAAAAAAUCAAAUAUUUUGUGCAAACGGAAGUGGUUGAAUCAUUCAAUGAUACUUGAAAAGCUAAUGCAGAAAUAUUUUUAUUGUUUCAGAAUGAAAUGGACAUAGUAACCAUAGAACAUCUGCAAAUGGUGCCUAACUGAAGCAUUUAGAACCGCACACUACUGAAUGAACAUCAGGUUUUAUUGGAAAGGAGAGGUGGUUAGUUCAUAAGGGAAGAAAGAAUAACAGAGGAGAGGCAAAGGGAAACGUGAGUUAGCUUUACAAAAACAUUAGCAGAAGUGGAGCAAUUAACAUAAUUAAAUUUUGAAAGUUCUCUGGAAAAACAGUGGCAUUAUCAGCUUGGGAAGAAUUGGCAAAGCCAGAGUUGAAGUACUCGGAAUACUAUCCAAGUUCCAUGGAGUUGGUUAAUGCGUGAACUCUUAUCACUUCUGAGGAGACCAACAACAUAGUUGAUUUUGAAGUCAUUGAUGCUUUCCAAAGGGUGUUCUCGUUAACAUUGGAAGAGACCUUCAUGUUGAUGCACUGCUGGAUGGUUUCUGCUGAAAUGGCUAUGGUGAUGAAAGGAAUACUAAAUCUGGUGAAUACGGAAGGUGCUCAAGUUGUAGAAAAACAGUGUUGGCUUGUUCUGCAAGGCUGGUGGAUGGAGGACAGCAUAAAAGCUUUCUGGCCUCCCCUUUUUUAUCUCUGCGAGUGACAAACUUGUUGGAACUCCUCUACAAGUUUGGCCUUUUGUGCUCCUUGUGGCAAUGAACUUUCUCUUGUAAUGAUAAAACAAAUAAGAAAAGGAAAUGCAAAUAUGGGGAAAGACAAAUGCAGCUAAACCUCCCAAUCCAAGAGCCAUCUCCACUAUCCUGUUUUUCUUCAUGAGAAUGAUCAACAGAGAUGCUGUUGAUAAUUGAAUCAUCUGAUGAAGCGCACAGGUGGAUGAGGCCCAAAAGUCUUGAAUCUCGACCUAUUCACAAUGUGAAAUUGAUCAUGGAGGGCAGAAUCUGUUGCAUUAUCUGCAAUGGCAGUAAGUGAGUAAUCAAAGCAUAAGACUUCAACAAAUGAGGAUGUAGCUUUCCUCUCGGUUUGUACUAGUAGUCUAUGAUUCUUAAUAUAUUGUGCACGUUUCAGUUUUUUCUCUUUUUCUUUUUUUCCAAA